UAGGAACUAAAGCAAUCUGCUCAAGGUCGUAGAAACGAAAGAGGAUAUGUGCUUUAAGGUAGCGUACUGAUAAAAUUCUGUACCUGUGCAAUAUGAAAUAAUAAAAAUAUCUUGUGAACCUGUACUAUGAUCUCGCCACAGUUUAAAAAUAGAGCAGUAAGUUUUGAUUUGAUUGUCUUUUUUCUACUGUUUUUUUCAUCCUAGACUGCUUGAAAGUGUUCAAAUAUCUCAAAUGGUUUUUGAAAAUACAACUGUCUAGAUAAAAGAAACGUGGUUGUUUCAGUACAUUUAUAAUCAUUUGAUCAUAUCAUUUAAUGAACUAUUCGAAAUGAAUCACACUGAUAAUUCGCCGUCAUCUUUAUGCAUCAGAGAUGACGCCAGAAAAUUAAUAGACCCUAAUAAUUUAGUUGAAUUGGCACACUACGUUGAAAGUGCCAAUAGUUUUGUUAGUGCAAAUGCAUGUUCUCAACUUCGAUUAAUUGUUGAACAGAUGCAACAUUUAAAAUCUCAGGCAAAGGCUAUCAUACAAAACGCCCAUAGAGAUACUUUGUUACAUAAACUUCCCUGUAAUUUCAUAAAAAAACCCGGAAAUGUUUAUUAUGUGUAUGAGAAGCCAGAUGCUAGCCAGUAUUUUAGUCUGCUUUCACCCACGGAGUGGGAUGGCUGUCCACACAGAUAUAUUGGAGCUUAUAAACUUCUUUCUGAUAUGUCUUGGAUUUCUGAAGACGAUUUUGAUAACUACGAAUCUAAUCGCAGAGCAGCACUCCAAAUUAUAGAUAAACACCAGAUAAUGCUAGAUUUUAAAAACAUGACAUAGUUAUCCUUUUCUUUCUGCUUCAUAUAUUCCUGACGUCAAAACAAAAGUUGUUGUUACCUACAUCUCUUCAGUUCAAACAGGUUGCAAUACCAUAAAACAGAAGUUCUGUUUAUCAGUAAUUUUACAGUUUCGUAAUGCGUUCUUUACAUAUUCAUUUGACUCUUUUGGUUCACCUUAAUGUUUAAGGUCUCCACUUUAUUUCUCUCGAUUUAUUUGGUUAUUUAUUAGAAUGUU